CAACAAGAUGUGAAUAUGGCGGCAAAGGCAACUGUGGACGGUGUCCUGCCCGAGGAGGAGGGCAUCGUGAACCGCUGGAUCGUGGACUAUUACCUGUCCCUGGCGCUGCAGGCCUUCGACCGGGAGCAGUUCAGCGACCUGUGCAGCAUCAAACAUGUGGUGGACAGUGUCCUGGUUCGCUCUCUGGAGUCCACGGAUUCAAUGCCAGCGAAGAUCCGUGUGUUGCAGUUUCUCGUCCUGAUAAACGAGGGGGAAAGACUCGAUGUGUCAUCUGAGUCUAUCACUCCUCUGGAAUCAGCCUUAAAGUUGCUUCAAGGCAUGAGCAAGGACUGUAGCCUCCCACAGCAGGAGAUUGACAACGUGUGCACUUCAGUUAAAGAGAUGAUCGUGGUGUUUCUCAUCAAAACCAACAAAUUCGACAGAGCAAAAGAGAUGCUGACCAAGCACUUUCCCAAACCAAUGGUUGGCAAGAAAGCUAUAUUCAUGAGUCUCAUCAAUAAGAGGUGUAAAACACAUGAACUCAUCCAACACAUCGACUUCCGGCAGUUCAAGAAAAAGAUGUUCGCCUUCUGCCAGAGGCUCUGUCCGUUCACUGUUCCCUUUCUGCACAAGGCAGCAAAACAGCUGAUCGAUACACGACUCUCAGAGCAGGAUGACAGUGCAGCCGGACCUGAUGAGCAGGAGCAGCCUGGCCCGUCGUCUACUCCACCGAUAAACACGGUCCUGGUCGUAUCAUGUAAACAUAAUAUUAUCCAGAGGACCAGACUGGAGGCAGCCUACAAGAUGCUGGCUUCACUAUCAGAUAUGAGGACAUUUGCUCAGCUCGAGGAAGAGGUCGAGAGGGAGGAGCAGGAAAGGACAAACGACCUUCUUCUGCGCCUGUCACCUAGUUUGAAGGAGGAUAUCAGUCUGGACUCUGAGCCGGACGGUGUGUUUCAGAGAUGCUCGGGCAGCCCGAUGGAGGCUUCAGUAGCAGACCAGCCGCCAAAAACAGAGGCUGUUUCUCACACACAGACAGGUUCACUCUCAAAGUCACCCUCACCACCCCUGAGGAAGAGGCGGCUGUACACUGUGGCACGACUGGUAGUCGAGCCGGACAGCCAGUCGAGCUCCCAGUGCACAGUGGCCUCACCGGAGCCAGACACCCAAGCCCUUGAAGUGGAGUUACCCGAGUCACCAACUAUAGCCGAUGAUAACUCUCAGAGCCUACUGACAGACAACGAGGUUACCAAACCCUCCAGGAAGCCGCGCACACAAUCUUCCCGUCUUCGCAGCAGAGCCUCGACGAGUGCGACGGUGUUGUCAACAGACAGCGAGAAGGAGCUCCCCGUCGCUGAGGCCAACAAGGGAAGUUGUGUGGUGGGAACCCAUAACCAGUCCCACAGUUCACUCAGGAGCAACUCCCCCAAGUCACAAAGCGGAGUCCAAUCAUCAAACAGUGAUGAAGAGCAACAUGAGUCGUCUGCCGGCUUCAGAACCCCAAAGAAAACUGAGCAGUCCAGAGUUUCUGUCACCAGGGAACGACAAAAUGACAGUGACAUCAUAGAUUCUUCGUUGGACAGCUCGCCCAGUGUGUUCCGUCACCCCCGGCCUCAGACCAGCUCCACUCCACACAAGGACUCAGCUCCAGAUAAAGACCCUUCCCAUUCAAAAUGGAAACAACUGUACAGUACCGCAAAGGAGAGCAAGGAAACCUGGAGCGAUGAAGAAGAGCAUUUCCCCUCCAGAAAGAACAGGUUGCAAGAGAGCACCAUUUCAAAUUCAGGCCACAGGAAGAAUAAGUGGACCGAAAGUGAGACUGCGAUGUUGAAAGAAGGAGUCGAAAAAUUUGGAGAGGGGAACUGGAGUAAGAUAAAGUCCAGGUACUCCUUCAAUGGUCGAACAAACGUCAACCUCAAGGACAGAUGGAGAACACUGAAGAAGUUAAAUAUGGUCUAAAGUUCAAGAGCACUUGGUGCCACUAAAUGGAUCGUUAUUGUUCAACUAAGUCAAAUAUUUACUUUUUUUCCCUGCAUCAUCCCUGAUGUUUGUACAGUUACAGUUAACCUAGUUGAAUAAACUUUGAUUUCAAUUUGUAA